AAACAAAAUUAUAAUUUGAACUGCAUGAACUUGUGUGGAGUUAAUUAUUAAGAAGCAAAAUCAAAUCUAUGGAAGAAAGAAAAUAUUAUGGCUAAAAAUAAAUAAGUCAAAAAAAAAAACAGAAAAGAACACUAAAAUCAUAAAAACCAAUUUUAAUGCCGCUUGGCUACAAGUGAAAAACAUUUCUUACCAAAAAAAAAAAAUAAAAUAAAUUCAAUAUUUAAAAUCGAACCAAUGCACAAACGUAGCGUUGGUCCAAAAAUCAAAUUAAGUUAAAAAUAAAACAUGAAAUAAGCAUCGAUAUAAUAUUGAAGAUAUAUAUUUUUAUAUAUGCCCUAUACGUUUCUACUAUACGUUUUUAUGCAACGGCAGGACUCACACUGAGUACGGAAACAUCGCUCUAUGCACACUGAAGCAUUAACAUUAUCAACAUUAUUGCUGCAACAAAUAUACAAAUGUUGCUAAUGUAUUUAUAACUUAAACAUCGAUGUUGUUAAUUUUAUUUGCUUUCCUAAUGAGAUUCGUAGACAUUUCCAAAUUGCAAGGCCAACGCGGCUUACGCAGCGAUACUUGCAAUAAUAAUAAUAACAAUAAUAACAAAAAUAAUAUUAAUAUUAAUAAUAAUAAUAAUAAUGACAACUUGAAUAACAACAAUGACCACAACAGCAAUAAUAACAGAAACACCAUCUGGAAACAUGUUGCUGCACAAAAACUCAAUGAUGCCAAUAGCAGCUGUAGUAGUAGCAGCGGCUGCGAUAGUAAUGCUUCCUCAAAAGAAAAUUUCUUUGUGGUAUCAAGUAAAACCACAUCUCAACAACAACAACAACAGCAGCAACAGCAACAUCAUAGCAUAACACCACAGCAAUAUCAACAGUUACGUUAUUACCAACAAUUACAACAGCAACAAUUACACUUACUACAGCAACAAUUGCUGCAACGUCGUCGUUUACAGCAGCAACUACGUGAACAAGGUGUCAAAGUUGGUAAUGACAAUAGAAAUCGCUUGAAGAGUUCUUCCUCAGCUGCUUUGACUUGUAAUCAAGAGUAUUUGCGACAACAACGUUUGCAGCAGCAGCAACGUCGACAAUUUGAUAAUGUUAACGACGGCAAUGAUAACGAUGUGCUGAAUAAUAAUAAUGAAGAAUUUUAUAAUAAUAACAAAUAUGAUUUGAAUGCAUGGGAGGAACUUGAUAAUGUCUUUCUUAAAGGACACAAAUUUCGUCGUGGCAUGACAGAAUUCUCAACAAACAACGACAUCAACAACAAAUCACAUCUUUCACAACCGCUUCAAAAUUCACCACGCCACUUUCAACAUCCUACUCAUUUUAAUCAUAACCAACAAAAACAACAUCAAAAUUCUCCUCAGCACAUUGCUAAUAUUAAUAAACAUUUAACUCAUGCAUUAAAACAAAACUUUAACAAUAAAAAUAAUCAACAAACGCUUCCUUUAAAUUCUUCUGCAAAUAUAAAUAAUAAAAACGUCACCCUAACAUCAACAGCAUCAGCAGCAACAACUGCUACCAAUUCACCCACAUCUGCCAUACAUUCCCCAUUGCACACAUAUAGAAAUCCAUUAAAUAGUCCUAACAAUUCACCAUUUGCAUAUGCUUAUUACGAUAAUAACAUCGAUCAACAGCUACAGCAACAGCAACAGCAACAUCCACAACAACAACAACAAUCGCAGCAACAGCAGCAUACAAAGAUCACGUCAUCAGCAUCAUCUCAGCAACUUCAGUUGCUGCAACAGCAUUUGCGUAGCACAAAAUUGCCAAUUCUAACGCAAACACAUUAUCAGCAGCAUUUAAAUGAUUUGUUAUUGCAGCAACAACAUUUGCAACAACAGCAGCAACAAUUGUUAAAUGCCAAAGAUGCUGAUGAUGAACUGAGUGAGGAGAGUCUCAAACAGAAUGUUGCAAUAGUAUUAAAUAAUUUGGAUCGUUAUAAUAACGCGUUGCGCAGCAUUAUUUUGAAUGAGGAAGUGAGCAGCAGUAGCAGCGUCUUCCUGGACGAUAGUUUUCUAAUUGGCAGUAGUGGUAAUAACAAUUUCUUGUUAAAUAGUGGCACAACAAUGGCUGCACCAGCAACACCAGAAUCAGACUACAAUAGCAAUGCAACAACACCGGGGUCGCGUAGUAAUAUGCUUCCGCACGAUAGCAAUAUGUUAACGCAACAGCACCAACAACAACAUUUGGUAGGUUUUGCUACAACAGCAACAGCUUGUGGUGGCGGUGUUGGUAAUAAUAUUAUUAGUAAUGGUAUUGGUGGCUUUUGUUCGCUUGGCAACAAUGUUGCUAGUAAUAAUUUAAAUUGUUCCCUUGCAUCUUCACAUGAUUUUACUCAUGACAAUUCCGAUUAUCAGUGGUUUCUGGAUUACGGCUAUCGAGAUGGUUGUGGCGGCAUGCAACGUAGUGUCUUAUCUUCACUAUCGGCGUCAUACAAUGGUAUAGGCGAUCUAAUCUAUUAUGAGGAUAUUGCCAAAAAUUUAGAUGCUAAUCUUGCCGAAGUUGAUAUGGAAAGUUUUCGUGCUGAAGAUAUGCAUUCAUUGCUCUAUUUACCAUCGUACUGUAAGGGUAUCGGUGGUAAUAGUCGUUUACAGCAGUCGCUUAUGUUGCAACAAAAUAUGUUGCCACAAAUAACACAACAUGGACAUAAUAUUUCACAGACUUCAACCACUUCGACUAAUGAAUUGAUCGACAAUUCAAUUUGUAAAUCGGAGUUGCUUUUUUCACCAGUUAAAGAAUCGCAUAUAUCAGUGGACUCAUUGGAUAUGGAUGCAUAUCCGGAAGAUGGUGAUAUUAUAUUGACUUGCCAGGCGAAUAAAGACAAUUACACAAUCGCAUUUGAGGGUAGCGUGUUGUAUUCGGAUGACAGCUUUUACGCGGAACCAAAUGAUAUUGCCUUGAAGAAUAAACAAAAUUGUAUCAACUUGCAUAAUAACUUGGAUGAUAUCGUCAAACGAAAGUCCUUGGAUGUGUCGAUGUCGCGUUCAGAACAGCAAUUCACACCGCGCAACAAACUACAGAAAAGUAGCACAAUUCAAUUGCAGAGAUAUCCUUCAGGUAACAAUAAUACAUCCGAUGUUAUUGCACCGCAGCGUCAAAUUUUCAACUGUGCCGUACGCAAGAGUAGCAGCUUACCAAAUUUGCGCGACAAAAAAGAGUUCAUGACAAAUUAUAGCAGGCCACAACAGCUUAACGUUUCGCAAGCUGUUAGCACUUCCACAGUUGAAUCAUGCAAAACCAAAAAUUUACUUCCGAUGUGCCAGAUGCCAAUAUCGUGCAAUUCUACAAGUGUAUCUAUUACAGAUUGUUUAACUGCACGAUGUCAACAGCCACAACACCAACAGCAUAACAAUCAUCCGCACCAGCAACAUCACCAUCAUCAACAUCAGCAACAGCAACAGCAACAGCAACAACAGCAGCAACGUCAUAAACACCGUUGUUGCUGUUCAUCAGCUGGUAAUAGUCACAAUUCGUGCACAUCUGCUACACCACCACAGCAACAGCAGAAACACGCACAUAUUUCAGGUUCUACAUCGUCGGGCAAUUCAAAUCCACCCGCUUUUAAUCUAGUCAAGCUAUUUAUCAAACAGAAGAGUAGCAAUUGUUCAAUUGAUGAUCAAGCUAGCGCACAUACCUGUAUGGAUGUAUCUUCUGGUUGUUGGCCUUCUAGCGAUGCAGCCGGUUCAAGUAGUAGUUCCUCACUGGAGCAACGUUUACGUAAAAAGAGUAUGAAUGACUCUGGUAAAGGUUCAGCUUUAAGUAGGCAUGAUGAGGAGGAUAUGCGUGCAGAAGAUGAUUCAGCGUUUUUAAAUAAUAAAACAGGUGAACAUUCCACACCAAAGAAAUACACACGUACUCGUCAUGAUAAUGCUUAUUAUGAUGAAGAGGAUGCAUAUUCAAGUUCUGCUGGUUCACUUACAGCCACAAAUUCUCCAGCACAUAGACGACGUAGUAUGCCUCUAAAGAAUCCCACACUUUGCCAACUUGUAACAAAUCAUAAUAUUGGUACUUCGAUGGGUAGUAUGCAAUCUUCUGAAGCUAGUCGCAGUAAUUCCGAACAAAUAACACAAGUCUAUUUAUCGUCCGGCACAGCAAAUUCAGGUGCGAAUACAUUAGAACGUAAGAAAUCACGUCGCACUAAUGAUUGUAAUCGUCCAACAUCAACAGCUUCAAGUUCCGAAAUGAUUACACGCUCUAUGCAAACAUCUUGCGGUUCCUUAAGUACACGUAGCAGUCUUAGCGAUCGUUUUCGUUGUGUACCUCCAUCCUUCCUUGAGAAACUGAAUAAUCUUGGUGAAGAAUGUCAAGCACCAAUCUAUGUUAUUUAUCCUAAUUAUGCGUUACCUGAUUUGGGUUUUGUUAAAACACAUGCUUCAGCAGAUAUGAUUUUCUCACCUUUUAACUAUAAAAUGACAAUCGGUAAUGAUAAUGGUUCGAAUGAUGCGAUUAACUCAAUGAAAAAACGUUUUAGUUUAAGUGAUAAUGAGAAUGAGAUCUUAAAGACUAUGGAUUACAAGCAUGUCAUCGAUUGGAAAUCUUUAGCAACUUUGUUACCAGCAGAAUAUCGUAGACGCUUAAAACACAUUCCGCAAGUCAAUAAUAUAUUGCACGAACUUGAUAGUGAACUAUCACAACGUCCGCUGUUCUGUAUGACACCACCUAUAAGACGUAAUCGGCCACAUAUAUGUGAGUGUGCACAAUACUUCCAAAAUCAGCAAACACAAUUACAAGCUGGUGAAGAGGCUGGCGGUUCGUCCAGUUCUGGUUCUAGCCAACAACCAAGUUCCGGUUAUCGCGGUUCAUCAACCCUAUUGACUGAUUCAGAAUUAGAUAAUACAGAUCCAUUGAAACAGAUGUAUGUAUACCAAUAUGAACAACAACGUAUGGAUUCUGGCGUUGAAACAAGUCCGGUAAGCAGAAAAAUACCACCACAACCAAUGCCACGUGGAAUUUUGAGAAAAACUUCAUCCCAAACUCGUACUAAACGUAACUCUAUGAUAGAAGAACAACAUACAAAACUUUCUAAAUUAGAAAAACGUCGUAGUUUGCAAGAGCCACCUUAUCAACAAGGUGUUGGUUCUUCAGAGGAACUCUAUGAAGUAUUUGAAGAAGAAUCCACCGAUUUAUAUGCCAUACCACAACCGCGUAAAGAACGUCUUUCACGUAAAGAUCUAGAUGCACGUGCACGAGCUGAAAGUUUUCUCUCCGCUUUACCACGUUCCGAACUUCGGUAUUAUGCUGAAAUUGCCUCCAUUUUGGAAUCUUCCGAACAGCAAGUAGAAUAUGAUGCGGCGGCACUUAAAAAAGAAGUUAGUCGUGCUUUAAGUCAGCAAAAGAAAGUUUCAUUUAAUGAUUUGACUGAGGAGGAAGAAAAUCAAGUAUUACAACAACGUUUGUUGCAGCCAGAUACACGUCAUCAACGUUUCACAACACCACCAAAUUCACCAAACAUUUCGAUGGCUGGUGGUGCUUUACGUAUGCAUGGUGGACAAACAGUACCACGACGGAACUUACAUGGCGAAAAACCUACAACGCUCGAUGAAAGAGAAAGACGCAAACAAGAAAGCAAUCACUUCAAACGUUUACAAAUACAAUGGGAACUGAUGAGUAAAGACUCGACAAUGUUAAAGGAUCUCGCAAAUGCUCAACAAACAAAAAGUGGAGGAUCGACACCAACUAGUGCAGCGGCACAAAAAUCACGUAUUCCACGCCCUGUGAGCUAUCCAGCUGGCAAAACUGAUAAUUUCAAAAAUGACACAAAAUCCAUUAAGACACCAAUAAAAACUUGUGUAUCUCCACAAAUUGCUAGAAUUACGACACAAGAGCAUACUGGUAAGACAACACGUUCACCAAGCCGUAUUGUGCCACCGAAGCGUUACAGCAUGACAUCGUCUCCAGUUACACCAGGGGGAACAUCUCCAUCUACACCGACAGGCAUCACAACUACUACGACGCGUGCACGCACUCCAAACAGUCGAACUUCAGUUACAGCACCAAAUACACCAAAACGUAGAGUGCAGUCACCAAGAACCGUUCCAAGAGUGCGAUAAGUUAUAACAGCUACAAAUAUUGUUAAGUCUUAAUGGGAACUGAUUGAACUGAUGGAACUGAUUUAUGUAUGGAAACGAAAGGAUGGUGCAGAAUAUGUGUGGUGUUUAGUUAAAUUAAAUUGCGUUGAACUUAAAAUAUAUGAUAUAUUAUUAACAUAUUAUAUUAUAUAUAAACUAUUACUAAGUAAAUACUAAUAGAACAGUAUAAUACUUAACAGCAACAAAAUGUAGUUCAGCUACAGUGUUAUCAACAAGAAUAAUAUUUUUAUUUUGCUAUUGAAGAAAUUUGGUAUUAUUUACCUGUUAUAAUGUAUGUAUAUCCCCAAAAGUGAUAUUUAGGAGAGAAAGCCUCAAGUAAUAUUUUAAUUUGCCUCUGAUAGAAUUUGUACUAUUUUCGUUUUUCUUAAAUGAAUCGUAAUUUUUUUAUUUGUAAUAUAAACUAAACA